AUGGGAAUCCAGAUGAAUGUGCAAAAUCAAGGGAGUUUAGAGUACGUAGACGCUCUCGACUUCGUCAGAGAGAUAAUUACAAAGAGAAUAUUUGAAAGAGCUGUCAUUCCCAAUUUUCUAUUUUAUGUGAGUGCUGAAGGAAGAAAAUUCAAAAAAUGUAUAAAAAUAAUGAAUAGUUUUACUAUGCGAGUGAUAGAAGCAAGGAAAAAAAUUUUAGAAAAUAAAAAGAACGAGAAGAAAAUCUCAAAGGAAGAUCAAUACUUGAAUAUAAAACAAAGAAAACCUUUCUUGGACACUGUUCUGGAUUGCUAUUUUAAAGAUCCUUUUUUCACUUUGGAAGAUGUGAAGGAAGAAGUCGACAUAUUUAUGUUUGCUGGGCACGAUACGACAACUUACGGUUUGAUCUGGAUAUGCUAUUUGUUGGGAAAUAAUCAACAUGUUCAACAGAAACUGAUAAAAGAAGUUGAUGAGGUAUUUGGAGGUGAUAUCGAGAGAAAUAUAACUCACGAUGACAUUAAAAAAAUGAAAUACAUGGAAUGUGUUAUUAAAGAGAGCUCUAGAAUAUACACCCCAGUGCCUAUGAUUGGAAGAAAAUUAACGGAAAGCAUCGAGAUUGGUUGGUAUUUCUAUAUAUUUAAUAAAAUUAAUCACCUUUUAAAUACAGUAUAAAUAUUAACUUUUGUUUCUUUUCGCUCUGUCAGCACAAAGAAGGCUCUUUUUAUCAUCAUGGGUUUGGUCAGCUCCAUAAUAGAAGCGUCAGGUAAUGAGGGAGAGAGUGGAACAUAUCCAGGAUAGAUGGCCUAUUAAAAACUCGCGGAUUCGAUUCCGAGUCCACCUAGAGCAGUAGCGCCAUACUAUUUAAACUUAUAUCUUUUUUACUUCGUUACAAACAAAAUGUGAAAAAUAAUAAUAAAA